AGUAAAAACUCCAACAAGAAUCAGAAGUCAAUCUGGGUUCUUGCAUAACCCAGAUGCAGAUGCAGAACCCAGAUCGGAGCGAGGAAGAAAAGGGAGAAGAGGGGGAGGAGAGGGAAAGAAAAUCAAAGAACCAGGGCUGGAUGACUGAUAAACUUGAAGAUCCAGUUUCUCUAGAUGAGGAAAUUAGCUUGGAAGCUGAGGAAACAGUAGGUGAAUUUGAAUUUGUGAUUUUUCUACAUGAGGAAAUUAGCUUGGAAGCUGGGGAGUCAGUUUACAAGGUUUCCAAGGAAGAUAUGAUGGACAAGUUCAAGGAAUGCAUGAUCUAUACCUUAGCUGCAAAGGAAAGGUUUUAUAAAGCCAUAGCUGAUAGAUAUAGGACUGCUGGUACUGCUAUUUCAUCUGAUGAUCGCUUUUCUAUUCUGGAGUGCAUAUGUAUUUUACAAAUCAUGAAAGGUAUUUCUUAUUCUACAGCAAGAGAAGCCAUUAAUGCAUUCAAGAAUUCUCUAUAGGAUAGGCGGAUUUUUGUCUCAUGAAGCCCGAAUGGAGAUAGAAUUGGGUGGAAGACCUUGAUCAAUGAAGCGCAUUCAAUGUUGUGUUUGUUUAGUUUGCAUUCAAUGAUCAUCUAACUUUCAUGGACAUUAGAAUUGCUUAGCUUGCUUUUGAUCUUGAGUUGAAUAGUUUGAACCUUGUGGUGCUAUGUGUUUUUGUAUAGUUUGCAUGCAAUGAUCUAUGAACACUGAAUUUAUGAACUCUUUAGUUUGUUUUUGAUCUAUUAGUUGUUUAGUUUUUUUAAUAAGAGCUAUUUCCAAUG